AUGCCGGCACUACCACCCGUCUCGGAAGCUGUCAUUGGCCUGAUCGGCAUGGGCGAGAUGGGCAAGAUGUACGCGGAGCGACUGAGCAAGGGUGGGCAGUGCAAGAAAAUCAACGUAUGCGAUCUGCCGGAGAGGUACGACCAGCUGGUGGAGUACUGCAAGGGAAAGGACAAGCUCGUACCGCUGCGAGACGGUCACUUGGUCUCGCGAGAGAGCGACUUCAUCAUCUACUCGGUCGAAGCGGCGUACGUGGACAAGGUUGUCGCGCAGUACGGGCCUUCUACAAAGGUCGGCGCCAUCGUGUCUGGCCAAACGUCUGUCAAGGCUCCAGAACGAGCCGCCUUUGAGAAGCACCUUCCCGCCGACGUCCACAUCGUCUCCAUUCACUCGCUGCACGGACCAACUGUCCCAACAGACGGUCAAGCACUCAUCAUCAUCCAGCAUCGCGCCGACAACGAGCACGUCCGCUUCGUCAAGGAGGUCCUCGCACCGCUCAACUCUCGCUACGUCGACCUGUCGUACGACGAGCAUGACGAGGUGACGGCGAACACGCAGGCAGUAACUCACGCAGCAUUCCUCUCCAUGGGCACCGCUUGGCGCUGCACUGGUCAAUUCCCGUGGGAGCUCGGACGCUACAUCGGCGGGAUCGAGGUCGUCAAGAUCAACAUUACGCUUCGAAUUUACGCGGCAAAGUGGCACGUCUAUGCCGGACUCGCGAUCCUCAAUCCGACGGCGCAGAAGCAGAUUCACCAGUACGCGCAAUCGGCGAGCGACCUUUUCAAGCUCAUGGUGCAGAAUAACGAGGUAGAGCUGCGUCGACGUGUCCUCGCAGCUCGCGACUUCGUCUUCGGUUCGACCGACGGCUCUUCACCCGACGCCCAGCCCGCUCCCAUCCUCCUCUCCGACUCGGUCCUCGACCGCUUCGCGAUAGGCGAUCCUUCCCCGAACCAGCCCGCACCGCCGCCCAACUCGCAUCUCGCUCUUCUCGCCAUGGUCGACUGCUGGCACCAACUGCGCAUCCGGCCAUUCGUCCACCUUGCACUCGCAGCGACACCCGUCUUCCGCUUCUGGAUCGGAGUCGCCGAGUACCUCUUCCGCGACGAGGAGCGGCUCGAGGCGGCGAUCAAGGCGGCGGGAAGGCUCGGCGGCCACGGUAUCGCAUUCAGCUCGGAUGAUGCCGAGUUUGUCAUCGCUGCGCGCGGGUGGAGCGACACGGUUCGCUACGGGAGCUUCGAGGCGUACAAGCAGCGGUUUGACGAGACGAGGAUGUUCUUCGAGCCGAGGUUUGAAGAAUCCCGCAUCGCCAACCGCGACAUGUUUGCCUUCCUCGCCGAAGAGCCGGUGCGGACAGACAAGAUGGACAAGACGGAACCUUGA